UCGACGCGAUUGUCCUUCGCAGCCGUCUCACGUCACAUGCUCACUACGACAUGGCCGCUACCGCAGAGUGUGGAGCUGAUACAAACACUUCAGAAAGCAGCAUGUCUUUAAAAAAGGCUCUGUCCGCAGCGUCUCCGCUCACUCUGAGAGUCGUGGCAGAGUGCCCGGUGACGAAAGCAAGAGCGUGUGACCUUGUGCUGCCACACAGCGCCGUCAGCACCCCGGUGUUCAUGCCUGUCGGUACCCAGGGCACUCUGAAGGGGAUCACUGUGGACCAGCUGGAGGGUCUGGGAUGUCACAUCUGUCUUGGAAACACGUACCACCUGGGCAUGAGACCCGGACCUGAUUUGAUCGAGAAAGCCAAUGGUUUGCAUGGGUUCAUGAACUGGAAGAGAAAUCUUUUAACUGACAGUGGAGGGUUUCAGAUGGUGUCUCUUGUUGAACUGUCUGAGGUCACCGAGGAAGGGGUGAAGUUCAAGUCCCCCUAUGAUGGCAAAGAGAUCCUCCUAAGUCCAGAGAAGUCCAUCAGCAUACAGAACAGUCUGGGGUCCGACAUCAUGAUGCAGCUGGAUGAUGUGGUCAGCAGUACCGUGACGGGACCACGGGUGGAGGAGGCAAUGCACAGAUCCAUUCGCUGGUUGGACCGCUGCAUAGCAGCCAAUAAAAAUCCAGACAAACAGAACCUCUUCGCCAUCAUCCAAGGAGGAUUAAAUGCAGAACUGCGCAGGACCUGUCUAGAUGAAAUGACUAAACGUGAUGUUCCUGGAUUUGCCAUCGGCGGCCUUAGUGGAGGAGAGGAGAAGGAUGAUUUCUGGCGGAUGGUCACACUCAGCACAGAUCAUCUGCCACGAGAAAAGCCUCGAUACCUCAUGGGUGUGGGGUAUGCUGUGGAUCUGGUGGUAUGUGUAGCCCUGGGAUGUGAUAUGUUUGACUGCGUGUUCCCCACCCGAACUGCAAGGUUUGGCUCUGCCUUGGUGCCUUGGGGAUCUCUCCAGGUAAAACAAAAGCAAUAUGCCAAAGACCUCCAACCCAUAGACCCAGACUGCAAAUGUCCCACCUGCAAGAGACAUAGUCGGGCUUACCUCCAUGCUCUGUUCAAGAGUGACACUGCAGCCAUGCAUCACAUCACCAUCCAUAACAUUGCCUACCAGCUCACCCUGAUGCGCUCCGUGAGACAGAGCAUUGUGGAAGGCCGAUUCCCAGAGUUUAUACGGACAUUCAUGAAGCGAAUGUUUCCCUCUCGUGACCAGUACCCCAGCUGGGCUGUGGAUGCGCUUGCCUCUGUCAACGUCACGCUGGAAUAGAACCUGGAUGGCAGCUGUUGUAGCAGCGACUAGAGAGAUUUUAUAUAUUUUUAAAUGACUUUUUUUUUAAAUGGGGGGAUUGUUUUUUACUCUUUGUUUAUAUUUGUAUAUGCAUUGCCAGUUUUGUUGGCUAUGAGGAAAACUGCUUUUGUUCUGAAGGGAUAAAACCUAAAGCCCUUUUGCAACAACCUGCUUUACUGAGUCUCUGCAUAUUGUCCUCAGAGGACGCAUUAUGAUAAUGUGAGACUGAAUGAGGUUUAAAUGAGGUUUGAAACACAUGAACUAUCUCCUGUGAUAUGCUUAGAUACUUUUUUGUUGUUACCAUGGCUACACAACUAGGCCCACCCACUUGAAAUUAAGUGUUUUGCCUUCCUGUCAACCUCUGUAAUUUCUUUUGUGCCCGAGUGCAUUACAGAGAUAUUCCAUUUUUACCACAGUAUUAAUAAAUGUGUAUAUAUAUAUAUUCUCUGUUUAACCCCACAUCCUGACAGGCUGAUUUGUCAGCUAACUGUUGGAACAGAUAAAUGAGUCCUGCUCACUACGGAUUGUGCUUUUGUCAUGAUGACCACCAGAGGGCAAAAUAGACAAAACUAGAGCCAGGUCUGACUCUAACACUGAAUGAUUUUUCUGUAUACCAUUUCUCAAAAGGUAAACAACAGUUCAACUGUCUCUGAGUAAAAAAUACCAUUUAAUCACAGUAAGAUUAAAUGUAUGAGCUGAAACGUAGGAAGGCACAAAAACAAUGAUAUCAUAA